UUUUCAGGACUCUGCAAGGGUACUAGACGCCGAAUUGCUAGAGGCCAGCAGCUGUAGUUGCAGCCAUUUUAUGUUCAACCUCAGGAUGUUUCCCUUGGCCAAAAACGCACUAAGUCGUCUGAGAGUUCAAAGCAUUCAGCAAGCAGUGGCAAGGCAGAUCCAUCAAAAGCGGGCACCUGAUUUCCAUGACAAAUAUGGUAAUGCUGUAUUAGCUAGUGGAGCCACUUUCUGUGUUGCUGUAUGGGUAUAUAUGGCAACACAAAUUGGAAUAGAGUGGAACCCAUCGCCUGUUGGCAGAGUCACCCCAAAGGAAUGGAGAGAACAGUAAUCAU